UAGGUGCAUCGUCUUAUCACGAAACGCAAUUCGCAGUCAAUUAUGAAAAAUUAAAAUUCACUUGCCGACUAUACGCACAGUCGUCUUUCAAGUUAGAUCAUUAGAAUUUAAACUAGUAUUUAGAUAUUAGGACCUACCACGGUCCACGGGUGUGAGUAGUUUUGUGCAAGUAUACUCCCGUUAGGAUUAAGUUAAGUGUAAAGAUAGUUUAAUAAUUAUUAAUUAAAACCAGUUGAGUACUUAUCCGAGCCGUUUCGGUAUUGCCAGCGGUGUUCAACAUGCUUAUGCUCAGAAAAUUUUUUAAAUCUCGACCGACAAGCCGUUUCGGUCUGACCUAUCAACGGGACUUAAAUGUUGCCAUCAUCGGUCAGAGUACAUUUGCAGCCGAAGUGUAUAAGUUGUUGUUGAAAAACGGUCACCGCGUAGUUGGUGUGUUUACCAUAUUAGACAAAGGCAAUCGGCAAGAUCCAUUGGCGGCUGUUGCUUCAGAAAACAAUACUCCAGUAUUUAAAAUCAAAUCAUGGCGUAAAGGGGAAAAUGCAUUACCUGAAAUUGUAGCUCAGUAUAAGCAAGUUGAUGCUGAACUCAAUGUGCUACCAUUCUGUUCACAGUUUAUUCCUAUGGAGGUUAUUGAACAUCCAAAACAUAAAAGUAUAUGUUACCAUCCUUCGAUUUUGCCUAAACACAGAGGAGUUAGCGCCAUAAAUUGGACACUGAUGAAUGGAGACAAAGAAGCAGGUUUUUCUAUAUUUUGGGCUGAUGACGGACUCGAUACUGGUCCAAUACUAUCUCAAAAAUCAUGCCCAGUCUUACCAGAUGACACUGUUGAUUCUUUGUAUAAUCGGUUUUUAUAUCCUGAAGGCAUCAAAAGUAUGGCUGAAGCUGUUGAUAUGGUGGCUAAUGGUACAGCUCCAGUUAUUCCUCAGUCUACAGAAGGGUCUUCUUUUGAACCGUCUGUAAGAAAAAAGGCUUUACAAAAAGUAGAUUGGUCCAGAAGUGGAGUAGAUAUUCAGAACUUCAUUAGAGGGCUAGACAGUUCUCCUGGUGCUUGGACUAUCAUAAAUGAAACAGAAGUAAAAUUAUACAAAUCAUCUAUUUGGACAAAUGAAACACCUACUGGUGAACAAGUGACUGUUGAUACAAUCCAAUUCCCAGCUAUUGUACAUAGUAAUGGUUUAUUGAUUACUUGCAAUGAUGGUCUAAAAAUAAACAUUGAGAGGUUGUCUGUGGAUGGCAAAAUGAUGGCUGCAUCAAAUUACGGUAAUGCAGACACUGUUCAAGAAACUAUUGACUAUACAGAUCAAGAAAAAGCAUACAUCCCUGUAGUGGAAUCCAUUUGGAAAAAUAUCUUAAACAUGGAAAUUGGAAAGGAUACUCAUUUUUUUCAAUCUGGUGCAGGUUCUAUGGACGUUGUGAGGUUAAUUGAAGAGAUCAAGGAUAAAUUGAAAUUUACUCUGAAGAAUGAUGAUGUAUACAUGUCUCCUGUUUUCUCUGAUUUCUGUAACACCUUGGUCAAGAGGUCAAGAGGUUCAACCGAUGACAAUACUCGUGUAGAAUAUGAUCCAGUUGUGGUUGACGUCAACAAUAUGAAAUUACAGUUUGCAAAACAAUUAUUUAUCAAUGGACAGUUUGUAGACUCUGAGUCUGGAAAGACCUUGGAAUGCAUCAAUCCUGCUGACGAAUCUGUUAUUUGUUCAAUUCAAUGUGCAUCUGAAGCUGACGUAGAUCAAGCAGUUAUUGCGGCAAGUAGGGCAUUUGAAGGAGAAUGGUCUGAAAUGAGUCCACGAGAUCGUGGAGCUGUUUUAUAUAAGAUAGCAGAUUUGUUAGAUAAAAAUAGAGAAGAAUUAGCGACAAUAGAGUCUAUUGAUUCUGGUGCAGUGUACACAUUAGCAUUGAAAACUCAUAUUGGCAUGUCUAUUGAUGUUUGGAAAUACUUUGCGGGCUGGGCAGAUAAGAUACAUGGGCAAACAAUACCAAUAUCACAUGCUAGACCCAAUAGAAAUUUAACAUUUACAAAAAAAGAACCUUUUGGUGUUUGUGGUAUUAUUACACCAUGGAAUUAUCCAUUGAUGAUGUUGUCCUGGAAGAUGGCAGCUUGUUUAGCGGCGGGUAAUACAGUGGUAAUGAAACCAACAGAAGUGUCACCCCUCACUGCACUGAAGUUUGCUGAAUUGUCUGUGGAAGCUGGUUUUCCAGCUGGUGUUAUAAACAUUCUUCCUGGGCUUGGUUCUGAGGCUGGUAGAGCAAUAGCUGAACAUCCAGACAUCAGGAAAGUGGGAUUCACAGGCAGUACAGCAACAGGUCACGCAAUCAUGAAAGCAUCGGCUGAAUCAAAUCUAAAAAAAGUAUCUUUGGAACUUGGUGGAAAAUCCCCUCUGAUUAUACUCGAUGACUGCGACUUGGACAAAUCUGUUAGAAUGAGCAUGGGAGGAGUGUUCUUCAACAAAGGAGAAAAUUGUAUAGCUGCAGGUAGGGUUUUUGUUGAGUCAAGCAUACACGACAAAUUUAUCGACAAAGUUGUUGAAGAAGUAAAAAAAAUAAAAAUUGGAAACCCGUUAGAACGUGACACUCAUCACGGACCUCAAAAUCAUAAAGCCCAUUUAGAAAAAUUAAUUAACUAUUGCAAGAAAGCAAAGAAUGAAGGAGCUGAACUGAAGAUUGGAGGGAAACGUGUGGAUCGACCAGGAUACUAUUUUGAGCCGACUGUAUUCACAGGAGUUGAAGAUCAUAUGUUUAUUGCUCAAGAAGAAGCAUUUGGACCCAUUAUGGCUGUUACUAAAUUUAGUAGCAGUGACCUGGAUGCAGUCAUCAAGCGAGCAAACUCAACUGAUUACGGUUUAUCUUCCGGCAUAUUCACAAAAGACAUAAGCAAAGCAUUGAGAUUUGCAGAAAAAAUUGAUGCUGGAACUGUAUUUAUAAACACUUAUAAUAAAACUGAUGUUGCCGCGCCUUUUGGUGGUUUCAAAAAAUCUGGAUUUGGCAAGGAUUUAGGUGAAGAAGCUUUGAACGAAUACUUAAAAACUAAAUGCAUAACAGUGGAAUAUUAAGCAACAGUUAUACUCGGUAUUUCCAAUAAGCAUACACUUCAAUUGAUGUCACCAAUGCAAGUCCAAUGUUUAGAACUAUUGCCACCAUUCUUAGUCACAACCCAUUUGGAAUGGUCCAAAACUGAAUUGUACUAUGCAUUUUUCAACCCUUUUAUGUCUUUUAUGGUCAGCAAUUUAAUGUUCAUACCCCUUAAAAACAUUAUUAUUAAGCCAAACAAUAUGCUCAAUUUAUUUCUACCUCAAACCACUUGUACUGACUGCAACAUGACAAAUUGAUCCAACCUUUGUUAUUCAACCAAGUCUCAGUGUAAAGCAUUUGGUUGUGCCAUACUAUGUAUAAUAAAAUCUAUGAUUGUAUAUCAUUUUUAUAUAAAUCUGUUCAAUGAUAAAACCAACAGACUAUAUAAUAUUAAGAAUAAGUUCAUUAAAUUAAAAACCAUUAACUUCUAGUCACUUGUUGUGCAUUUCAAAACUUUUUCAUAUUGUCAUACUUGCAUUCAGUUCAAUUCGUUAAAUAAGUACAUCUUAUUGAAUACAAUUUGUGUUAAAUCUUAUGUUUUGUAUAAUUUUUUUUAUUAUUGUUAAUAUUAUUUGUAUCUCCAUUCCAUAUAUUAAUAAAGUUGAAACACAAAUAAUAAGUUUAUAUAUAUAUAUAUAAUAUAUAUAUAUAGACAUGUGUAAUGUACCUUUUCCAAA